CCUCCUGAAUGGUAUCGCCUGUUUCAAAAUGGCGGGCGACGAAAGAUGGAAUUACGGCAAUAUGGACAUGUAUUUGCCACAAAAUCCGCCCUCUAGUGGCGCUAUUUCACAAAACUAUAACCAACAAACAGAACCCCUGCCUCACAGAACAGACGGAGAACCGCCAGUCACCCAGAAUGGCCAGGCAACUCACGAAGAUUCGGCGUUCUACCUCCUAAAAGAUAUGCCAGGCAUCCCCAGACCAGGUGGGCCUCAUCAUGUGUCACCUGGUGCACAAGCUGCAGUAGACAUCACGGGCAGUGUAAACCUGAUCCAGCACCACGGCCUGGAGCACUCAUUCCACAAGUUCUGUGGCAAGAAAGUCAAGGAGCCUCUCAGCAAUUUUUUGCCAAACUUACCGGGUUUUAUAGACACACCAGGGUUGCAAGAUGGAAGCAGUCUGAGGUCACUCAUUGAGAAACCACCCAUAGUUGGAAAGGAGCUGUAUCAGUUGUCAGGACCACAACUUCAGGGCUUCAGGUUACAUCCAGGGCCGAUCCCAGAGCAGUACAGAUUACUUCACCAGCAGCCUCCAGCCAAGAAGAAACAUAAAAACAAGAAGCACAAGCGUGAGCACAGUAAGACCAGUGAGGGUAUGUCAGUCCAGGAUAGCUCUCAGAGCCACACAGAUGGGGGAGCAAGCAGCACGGCAAGUGGGGAAAAAGAGAAGAAAACCAAGAAGCAGAAGAAGCACGAAGACAGCGAAAAGAAAGAGAAGAAGAAAAAGAAAGAUAAAAAGAAGAAAAAGACUGGGAGCACCUGAGAAGCAGUCUUUCUACUGAAGGUGUCAUUGUAUAAUAUCUUUGCCAGUCAGAGGGCAGCUAGAGCACAGACCCAACCACCUGUCAAUCAUUCAUGCAAAUUACAUGCAAAUUAUUUACUCAUCAUGCACUAGAUAGAGUUUCUUUUGUUUGUGGAGUCAUAGUAGGAGAGAAAAUUUCAACGAUGCACUUGAGGGACAUUUUAUAAUAUGGUGGGCAUUCCAAAAGUUAUGUUUUCAUCCUAGUUUUGCUGACCUUAUUUUGAAAGCUUGGUGCUCGUUUCAUUUCCAUGCUU